UUAUCUUUAAACCAGUAGGGGCUAAAAAGAUAACAGUCAAAAAAUCUUCCCACUCAUUUGAUCAUCUCAAAUUCUCAAUGUAAGGAUAGCAUCACUUUGCCAUCAUCAUCUUCCCUAACACCAAUGUUGCUUCCUUUCUGCAACUUCCAUCCCUUAAAACCUUCUAAAACCCUCUUUAUAAACCCCUCACCAAAGCCCUUUUUCCACCGUACCUCAAUACCCAUUUUCGCCACGUCACCUAAUAGUACUGAAGCUUUACCUGAAUCCGCCAUUAAAAGAAUUGCUGAUAAACUCCGUAGUCUUGGCUUUGUUGAAGAAAACCCCAAAAAUCAAGAAACCCUUAAUCCCAAUCCCAAUUAUAACUCACCGGGUCAAAUUUUUGUUCCUUUACCGACCCAUUUACCCAAAUACCGGGUCGGGCAUACCCUUGACACCAGUUGGAGCACACCCGAAAACCCGGUACCACAACCCGGUUUAGGGAACUCUAUACAGAAGUUUCAUGAACUGAGAAAUGAGUUCUUGAAAGAGAGGUUGAAGAAUAAGGUUGAUAAGAAGAAAGAAAGAGCGCCUUGUUUGGCUGAACUGACUUUGUCAAGUGAGGAAUUGAGGAGAUUGAGGACAAUUGGGAUUGGGUUAAGGAAAAAGUUGAAGAUUGGAAAAGCUGGGAUUACUGAGGGGAUUGUGAAUGGAAUUCAUGAGAGAUGGAGGCGAAUCGAGCUCGUUAAGAUUACUUGUGAGGAUAUAUGUAGGUUGAAUAUGAAGAGGACUCAUGAGUUGUUAGAGAAGAAAACUGGAGGUCUGGUUAUCUGGAGAUCUGGAAGUAAUAUAAUUUUGUAUAGAGGAGCUGAUUACAAGUAUCCUUAUUUCUCUGAAAAUAGCUUUGAGGAUAAUAGUGCGCAAGAUGCUAGUCCCGACUUGUUCAUGGGUACGGAAGGGGAUAUGACUAACUCAUCUGACAUGGAUGCCAUAAAAUCUGAUGCAUCGGAUAGAAAAUCUCCUCCACGUGUAAUCCAAGGUGUAGGGUCUCCAGACAGAGUCCGAUUUGAAUUGCCUGGAGAGGCAGAACAUACUGAAGAGGCUGACAAGUUACUGGAAGGACUUGGCCCUCGCUUUAUUGAUUGGUGGGGUUGUGAGCCAUUGCCUAUCGAUGCAGAUCUUCUGCCAGCUAUAGUCCCUGGGUACAAGAGACCUUUCCGUCUACUUCCAUAUGGAGUAAAACCUAAAUUGACAAAUGAUGAAAUGACAACACUGAGGAGACUUGGUCGACCUUUGCCUUGCCAUUUUGCAUUAGGCAGAAACAGAAAACUCCAAGGAUUGGCUGCUGCAAUUGUGAAGCUUUGGGAGAAAUGUGAAAUUGCAAAAGUUGCCGUUAAAAGAGGAGUUCAGAACACUAACAGUGAACUGAUGGCGGAAGAGCUUGAGUGGCUGACCGGAGGAACCUUGCUCUCUAGGGAUAGAGAAUUUAUUGUCUUCUACCGAGGAAAGGACUUCUUGCCCUCUGCAGUCUCUUCAGCAAUAGAAGAACGGAGGAAGCAGGUUGUAGAAGAGGAAAAGAGGAGUGCUUUUAAUUCAUCAGUAGCAAAUGCUAAGGAAGGGAAACAAUCCACACCAAGAAGUGUUUCUGAUGAUGGACAUGCAAACAGAAAUAACCAGAAAGGUGUCCAAGAAAAAAAGAAACUUACUUUCAUGGAAACUGCUAUCAAGAGAACUGCAGAUAAAUUAACCACUGCAUUGGAAAAGAAAGCCGAGGCAGAGAAGCUCCUUGUGGAGCUUGAGGAGGAUGAGGUGCCACAGCAAUCUGAUAUGGAUAAAGAGGGAAUCACCGAAGAAGAAAGAUACAUGUUGCGGAAGAUUGGCUUGAGAAUGAAGCCUUUCUUACUUCUUGGUAGGCGGGGAGUCUUUGAUGGAACGGUCGAGAACAUGCACCUUCAUUGGAAGUAUAGGGAAUUAGUGAAGGUGAUAACUGGGAGGAAAAACAUUGAAGAGGUUCACCAAAUAGCUAGGAUGUUGGAGGCAGAGAGUGGGGGAAUACUAGUUGCUGUUGAGCGAGUUAAUAAGGGUUAUGCGAUCAUCGUGUACCGGGGAAAGAAUUAUGAAAGGCCUGCCUCUUUGAGGCCUCAGACUCUUCUAAGUAAAAGAGAAGCAAUGAAGCGCUCUAUAGAGGCUCAGCGACGUCAGUCGUUGAAAUUACAUGUCUUAAAGCUUACACAAAAUAUAGAGGCUUUGAAGUCACGGUUGGCCAAAAAUGAGGAGAUGAUUCAGAGUCGAUCUCUGGAUAUAGUUGAUAUGCAGGUACCAGUGACGGGAAUAUCUGAUGCAGCAGCCAGAAAUAAUUACCAGUCUAGUUUAGCCAGUCCUUGCACUUCUGAGGAAUCUGGGGAUGCUGCAGAAGACACUGACCACAAUUCUCAAAAAGAAAUACCAAGUGACUCCUCGGACACCGACCACAGUUCUCAGAAAGAAUUAGCGAGGGAUUCCUUCGACACCGACCACGGUUCUCAGAAAGAAUUACCGAGUGAUUCCUUAGACACUGACCACAGUUCUCAGCAAGAAAUUCCAAGUGAUUCCUUUCUCCAAUAUGAGGGAGAGGCUGAGGCUAUGUGUGAUACAAUUCAACCUCAGCAUCAAUCUAUUUCAUCAACCAAAGAGUCAAAAAGUAUGUUCAAUGUGAAUGUGGACAAAAAAACAUUUCGUGCAGUGGGUGAAUCUGUUUCCAAGUCUUCCAAGGGAGAAGUUAAGAGCCACUUUUCUGAGACCAGAAGUUUCAACAAACCUCGGGAAGUUGACAGUAAAAAGGAGGUGUCUCAAGUUGGUUCUGUGAAACCUCAACAAGAACUUAGAUCGACCCAGAGUAGGUCCGAAGGGAUGCCUUCCAGAAAAAUACAUCUUUCCAACAGGGAGAGGCUGCUCCUCAGAAAGCAAGCCCUCAAGAUGAAGAAGCAACCAGUGCUUGCUGUUGGGAGGAGCAAUAUUGUUACUGGACUUGCAAAAAAUAUCAAAGAACACUUCAAGAAGCAUCCUCUUGCGAUUGUGAAUGUCAAAGGAAGGGCAAAAGGGACUUCAGUUAGGGAGGUGGUUUUUAAGCUGGAGCAAGCUACAGGUGGUGUACUUGUUUCUCAAGAACCAAGCAAAGUCAUAUUGUAUAGAGGUUGGGGUCCAGGUGGAGAGCGUGCUUCUUCUAAUGGAAAUAACACCAGAGAUUCGAGAAACAGCAGAGAGCACAAGGAACUGCUGGCAAUAUCUCCUGAGCUAAUAUCAGCAAUCAGGCUUGAAUGUGGUUUGCAAUCCGACCAUGAAAUGGAGGUCACUUCAUAGGCUACAACCUUUGUACAAGUGAAGUCGACACUGUUUGAGUUCUCGUUUUAGCAACUCUUUUUUUUCCCCCAAUGAUGGUCUAUGGGUUGUCUCUGCAUGCAUUUGACAAUUGCUUUCCCAAUGUGGAGUUGGAAUCCAAAUUGUGCAUCGACUCUCCAAUACGAAUGAUAGGGAAUCAACUGCCACCGAGCCUCUCUCCUUGCAGACUUUCAGUAACUGGAAAAAGUUCCACGUGGUAUUUGUCUCGUGGCAGCGGUCAUUGUGCUUCAACUGGAGAGAUUCUGGGAGGAAACCUGUAGCCGUAUGUUAGUUAAGUGGGGGCUGCUGUCUUGUUUCCGAACAAGCUCCAUUUUUGGUUUCGGAUGUGUUGUCAGUUCUCAAUUAUCUCUAGUUGCUGACCUACAUUUUAUGUAAAUAGUAGUCUCAUCCCUAGUAAUUUAAGGACAUAGAUGUCACACAUUGCACAUGCUCCUUUUGAUUACAUACUGGUUUUAGGUUAGUUAUUUUCAUAACAAAACGAGUAUGUAAACAACUCAAAUGCACCAAAAACUUAAUCUCUAAAUAGAUUGCUUAAGUUGUUUAAUA